UGUGUCAAGUGAAAAUCCUCAGGUUGUGUAGUGCGUAGCUCUCUUUUUAAAUAUUCCCGGGGCCUUGCUCAAUCAAAUAAUUUUAGCAUGUUGGCUACGGAAGCUGGAUGACGUUGACCCUGAGUUUUGAGGGAAGUGCCACUAACCUGCGCUGAUGCCUGCUGCCGACACUCAGAAGCAUCUUGAGCACCAUAUGGCCUACCCUCAGCACCAGGGAAAGACUGGGCCCCCCCGGCCUGGGCCCCACCAUGGUCCCCCACACCAUCCCCCUCAUCCUCCACCUGGGUCUUAUGGACCUCCCUCUGUACCUCCAGCCCAGCAUGGCUCCCAUACUGGUUAUGGUCAUCACGGACCUCCAAAUCAGCAUGGUCCUUCAGGCCAGCGGGGACCACACGGACCACCAUUACAAAAUGGGCCACAAGGCCCUGGACCACAGAUUGGUCCUGGUCAGCAUCGAACUGCAAUGGGAGCAGGACAACACGGACCACCAGGGCAGCAUGGUCAUCCAGUUACUCAUGGAAUGCCAAAUCAGCGUGGGCCACCGGGUUCCAUAGGACCCCCUGCACCACAUAAACCUCCUGGACCUCAUGGUCAAUAUGUACCACAUAAUCCGCAUCCAAAUAAUGUAAGUGGUCAGAGGGGACAUCCCGACGGCCCCACCGGGGAAGUGAGACAACCUCCAGCAUAUCCUGAACCACCACGCUACCCUGGACCUCAUGUAUUGCUUGAAGAAGUAGACAAACACCUUCCUCAGCCUCCAACACACAGUGGUUCUCAGGUGCAGUCCAAUAAACAGUAUCCAGGGCCACUAGGACCAGGGGGAGGGGGAGGAGUAGUUGGUGGUAGUAAUAGUGGUAGUGGAGGUGCAAACAGUGGUGGUGAUAUAGGAAGAUUGGAGGAAGAACUUAGUGCACUAAACCGAAGUGAAUUAUUAAGUAGGGCGGUACGAGCUGAAGGUGAAAUGAGAGAACUUCAACAUACUUUUCAUGCUCAGGCGGCAGAACUAAGACACCUGCGUGAUACUCACCAGCGCCUCACUGAUGACAACCAGGAACUGCGUGAUUUGUGUUGUUUCCUUGACGAUGAUCGACAGAAGGGAAGAAAAUUAGCGCGGGAAUGGCAACGCUUUGGUCGCUAUACUGCAUCCGUCAUGCGGCAAGAGGUCACGGCCUACCAGAAUAAACUACGGGAAUUAGAUGCUAAACAGCAAGAACUCAUUAAGGAUAACUUAGAAUUAAAGGAGCUGUGUUUGUAUUUGGAUGAGGAACGGAACAAUGCUGCGUGUAGUCACUGCGGACAUCCCCUCAUUACCCGGGAUGAUGGUGAUGGUUCUUCCUCAUCGACUAAUGCAGAUGAACCCUCAGGACCUCCACAUCCUCCAUCCCAAGUUCCUCCUCAGCCUCCUGCUCCUCUACCUACUGACAUUCCUCUUGCUCGGUCAUCCUCGAGAGAGAGACUGCUAGAGGAUACACUUAACCGUCAGAGGUCUCCAAUGAAUGAACAAGUUCUAACGUAUAUAAGAUCAUUAGAAGCUCGGGUAAUGAUGUUGGAGACAGAGAAGCAGCUGCUGGGAGAAGAACUGAACAAGAUGGACCGUGUACAUCCUGAAGGGGAAGGCAUGGAGCCUGUAGACUUACACAUUGGUUCACAGAACCUCUCAAAAGAAAAGUCUUUGGGCUCUCGACCACUGCAGCCGCCUCCCUACUCCCUCUCACACCAUCUGAGGGCUGUUGGGUUAGGUCUUACAAGUAGAACUCCAUUAGGACCCGGAUCUGCUGAAAGUGAUGAUGACCUUCUUGAUGGUCCACCACCUCCUCUGGUGUCCCGCCCUACAUCCGUGGCAGCAGCGAUGAGAGUAUUGGAGGUGCAGGAACAACUUGAAGGGGCUUCCCAUCCUCCUUCAGGACCUCCACCUUCACAAGGACCUCCUCCACAGAUUCAACAAGGAUCUACUGGUCAUUUGACUCCACAAGAUGCAGCUCUAGCUGAUGGAGAAAAGGCACUCCUCCGACAGAUGUGUAAUGUUGUGUGGAAGAAGCUUGAAGAGGUACCAAGUCAGAACAGAUAACAAGAUAUGCAUUGCGCCUCAGACAUGACAUUGCGGGCCGCCUCCUACCUGCACACACCAAUUUUAGGAGAAACUGCAACUCAGCUGCUUUAGGAAUAAAGGAGGUGCCACGAGGCUAGUGAUCUUAUGUACUAUAGUUGUUAAUGUUUUCCUUAGUGUAUAUUCUCAACUUGGAAUCUCACUUUUCAGGUGCCAAUGGUACAAAAACUUUGGUAAAAAUGUAACUAAAGUUAAUAUAUUUAUAUAUUUUCCCACUAAGUGAACUUCAUCACAGAUAUCCAAUUCAGUAUUCCUAUACUGUACCUUCAUGCUUAUAUGUACAUAGUUUUUAUAUAUGUGACAAGGUAAUAAUUUGCUGCUUUAAUGUAUAGUGUAUGUGUAGCUUAAACGUGAGACAUUUCAUUUUUUCUUAAGUGUUAAUACAAUCACUGUUAAACAGGGGUUGGUGGGUGUACUCUAUUGCUUGAACAACUUGUACUGUACCAGAAAUGAAUUGGUGUUUUCAAAAGUUUAUUUGCACUUUAAGUUAUGAAAGAUAUUUAUUUGACAUUCCAAAUAUAAAUGUACUUGUACAUCAAUUCUCCCAUUAUACUGUAGUAAUAAAAACAAGCCAUUGAAAUUAUUGGUAAACUACAUUUAAAAAAUGGACAGAUGGUAAAGAUAAACAUUUCAGUGCUCAAAAAAAAAGAUAUAAGUUUAUAGAUGAAAUUUUCCGUAAAGUAUGUGUCAGUUGUCACGGGACUUUCAGACCGAGAGGAAGGGCUUAUGGAAACUCGUCGUGUAAAAAUGGCGUAUAUUACACGACAGUAUUUACAUUCACAGAUCAAGUUUUCAUGUCCAAAUAUCUCCAAUUACUUCACGCACAACUGAGCGGCUAUCUUGUACCCCACGUCCGCGUGUGUAUAUCAGGCCUGGAGUUCCUGAUUCUCCGUGCUGUCUGGUUCAGUUGGUGGCUCAUGCUGACCAUCACCACCACCACACAAAUAUGGCUCGGUUGUCAACUAAUCCUAAUACAAUACAUUAAAAGUCUUACACUUUAUACCCUAUAAAACAGAAUAUGUCUCUUACAUAAUGUGUUAACAACCAAAACUAAAUAACAGUAAUAUAAAAAAACAUCGUAAAUCAAAACAUUAGAAAACUUAUAUAAGCAUACAGGCUGUGAACCACCCUCAUUGACAUUGGUCGUUCUCGGGUAACACCUAAUUAGCCAAUUAUAGCCAGCGGUGUGGGCCGGCAUAUGACAGUAUUACAGCUUGUUAAUUUAAUAAAUUAUUUUAAAAACAGUGUUGUCUGCCGAUACUGCUCUUAGCAGCAUAGAAAACCAACAUUACUACCGACAAUACCAGCAAAGUGUUUGAGGGCCCACUUGUGUGUGUAGCGGAUACCUAUAAUAUACUAGUAUAUGUGUGUUUUUAAAAGGCCUGGGUGCCUCAUCUCUUAUAUGUGGUGUGUCUGUACUAUUUCCUUGGCACCCAAUACAGUAUGGGGUGUUCCCAGCUGCCCUUGGCAUGCGAGACCUCCCAGAGUUUAUCAUAAAGACACACCAUCACCACUUCCCAGGGAUAAAUUUAUAUUUUCAGAACCCUGUACUGUUGUGAUUGCAAGGAUUAGAAUAUAUAAUUUCUGAUUCUGAUACAUGGAAAACUUAAUAUUUUUAUUUGCCAUUUAUAGAUUAUUUUAUAUAAUACUACUUGCUGGUACUGGGGGAAGGCAAGCAUUUGUCUAUGGCAAAAUAUGCAGCUCUUCUAUGAAUUUGUUUCUUACAAACACCAAGUUAUUGCUUUCAAGUUAUUGCUUUCAUCCAGGUCCUUCAGCACUAAAGUCGUGGUCCAUUGAAUGCUGUUUCUUUUUCCUCAUUUAAUCUGCUGCUUCACCUAGUCUGUGGUGAUGAUAAGUUGGAGAUUUGACCUUAUCUACACUUUUUAGCUUGUGUCUACACUUGAAACAAACUAAACAAUCAACUGCUUUUGCUUAGUCCUUACAGGACAAUGAAUGCUUCAGUGUACAUCUCAUCAAAUAGUAAUCAGUUAUCUGUCGUUUUUAUGAAUCCAAGCUUGACGACAGUAAGCAUGCAUUGAUGAGUCUAUCAUACCAUCUUACCAUUUUUUUAUAAGUUCAGUGCCAAGAUAAAAUAGUUGUAUGAUAAAGAAAUUAAGAUAGGUUGUGUUUUGUAUGCUGUGGAAGUACCUGCAUUUAUAUACUAUUUGUAAUAAUUGUACAUAAUUGCCUCAGUAUGUAUCUCCUGUUUACUUUUUCAGGACUGGCUUCUUGCUUAGUGUUGAUGUAACUUGUUCCCAUUUUACAGUAUCUAUGGGCUCACCCAGGGCUUGCAUUUUAUUUAUCUUUUAUAUGCUAUAGUUUGUUUGUGGACUCUACAGGUGAACUGAUGUGUACUACUGCAGUUUAUAUUUCUCUACAAAAUUUGUUAUGCCAUAAGAUGUAUAUAUAUUUAUAUGCUGGCAGAGCAAUGCAGUAGCCUAUUCAUCGUAUCCGUAUGUAAAUUUUUAUAAAUAAUUAUUCUGCAAGUGAAACGGUACAGUACUGUCAUAUUAAGGAGGUAACGAAAACAAAACAAAAUUUUAUUAUUAGUAUGGUCUAUGGGUUAUUGUGAAGGAUCUUCGAGACAUUUAAACACUCUGUCUCGGCCCUUUUGGAUGUUGUUAUUGUAGUUGAUUUUUUUUCUUAGCCUAUUACAGUACUGUGUUGAAUAGUUUAAACCAAGUAGGUGAGGCAUAUACCAGUGGUGUUGAUUGGUGCUAUAGUGUACCACCUUUAUGUAUGUAUGAAUAACCAGCACUUCAUUGAUAAAAGGGACAGAUAGCAAAGUAUGUUAGUAGGUUCAAAUUCCUUAUUUCAAAUUGAUCUAUAGUUAUACUCAUUUACAUACAGUAUAUACUCUUAUAGGCAUAAUUGUUUUUCAUUAUCUUUUAUAAUUUUGGCAAAGAUGUUUCAUGCUUCACAGCUGUUUGUUGGAAUCACGAGCAACACUGACUCAUUUUUAGUCAUUCAUUCCUUCAUUCUGUUGCUGUAAUAGAUGUGUUCUGUUGCGAUGUUUCCACAACAAGGCCCCAAGAUUUUUUGCAGGUUGUUCUUCUGUCACUUACCAGUAUACAUCACUUUUAUAGUAGUGUACUCGCAUGCCUGCACUCUGAGGUUUAUAUUACCGUGUGUAUUUAUUUUGAGAGGUGUUAGUACUGUCGUAAAGAUGUCCCCCCUUGAUAAAACAAAUGUUAUAGUUAUGUUUUGUUUAUAGCACUGCUUUAUAUUGAUAUCAUUUCCCUUUUACUGUAACAAGCUAUCCUUUACUUUUCUCAUGGUUUAUGUUUUUUAACACAUAUACAGUACUGUACAUUUGUCUAAUCUUAUAUUCCUAAAGUAUUGAGGAGAAUUAACGGUACUUAAGAUAUCAUUUAUCAUGUGCACUCAUAAGUCUCAACGAAAUCCUGUAGUGUGUACAGUACUCUUAUGUUGUUAUAUAUCAGUCAUUAACUCAAUUAUAAAAUUUUCCUGUGUACUGUAUGAGUUUUCAAUCAUGAAGUGCCUCAUGGUGCUUUAUCGGGACAAGGCUUGAUAAGAUAUCCUAUCAGGAAGACAGUGUACUAUACUUGUCUCACUAAACCUCUCAGUUAUUUCACCUAUUCUCAGAGAAUCUGUUAACUAAUGUUCUCCACAUUGUGAUGACAUUUUUGCUCAAGCUCUUCUGUUAUAAGAUUUGCUAAGCAUAUAAUUAACAAGUAUGUACAUAGUACAUACUAUCCUUUGACAGUAUGGAGGUACUCACAAAUCAUGUGGAACUUAACAUAAGAAGCUGUAAGAGUGUCUUAUUUUAAGUCUUCAAGGUCUCUUGCUUUGAAUCAGUUAGGAUGACCUCAUACCAGUUCUCCCAAGCUUAUAUCUCUUCCUAGGAUCAUGGUUGGCAGUGUCCUGGUCUUCUGUAGUAAGAAAGGUUUGUUUUAAUUUUUCAGCUUAGUAGUCAGGUGAUUUACCACUUCAGCUCAGGAAUACUGUACUUAUGUACACCAAACCACUUUUACAUGGAUUUGAACAAUUCUUCUCUCUUGUGGGAGGAUGUUAUCUUUAGUUUAUAGGUACUUCAUGCUGUUGGUAGUAUAUGGGAUAGGAUAGUGAUUGAUUUUAUAAAGAUUUGGAAAAAUAAGUCAUUGUAUUGUAAAUUGCUUUCACCUGUAAAUCUCUAGUGUAAAUAAUUAUAAUUUAAGAUGUAUAUUUGGACGUGGUGAAGCUUAUAUUGCUGAACUGAAUUGAAGAAACUAGCCAUAAUUAGGAACUGUACUUUAUGACACAGAGAGGGGUGAUUUCACUGAUGCCACAAAUCACAUACUGGACAGUGGAUCCCUUACUUAUGACACUUUUCACAAAUAUAACUCAUUGGUAAUGCUAGGCAGAUGGAACAGAUUGUGAGAGAUUGUAACUUAGAUUAAUAAUACUCCACAACUUGUAGUUAAGGUGAACAAUGUUGAGUUCUGCAUCAUCAAGUAACUUCAGACCAGAUCUAAUGAAACAUAUUUAGAUCCAUCUGUGUCACUCUUGUUCAUAUUAUAUCUCUGUUACUGUACUGCCCCAUCUGUCAAGGUAUUGACCAACAUUUUACACCCCAGACUUAGUCCUACUCUCACUGGAACCUCCUUCCUGACACACACACACACACUGGAAGAACUUUGAACAGGAUUCAACCAAAUUUCAAAUAUUUUCAAUGCUCUCUAUUCUUGGUUAUAUUGCAAAAGUACCCAGAAUAUGAGAGAUGUUCACUUAAAAAAAAGAGUUAUGAAAAUGUCUAUAUUUUCAUUACACACACAUACACAUGUAAUAAAUAUAUAUACUGUAUACAAAGUAUAUACUGUACAGGUAUACUGUAUACAGUAUAGUGUAUUCAUAGAAUAGUGUUCAAUAAUCAUGUUGUUUGUAGAGGCUUUUCAUUACUUGGUUCUGGUAAAGCACACCAUAAAAACCAUGUUAGUAAAAUUAUUUUGUUUUUAUUUUUUAUAAUACUCAUCAACCCUGGUACAGUAUACUGUACUGUAUAUCGUUUCUUUUGGGAUUUAUCAUUGAUAUUAUUGAGUAUGAGCCUUUAUUUAUGGAGGUACUGGAGCAUGUUGGUACAAGUUUAAUGUUUGUUGUGUGGACCCCUUGUGCAGCUCAAGUAUUUCUUUGUUAUCUGCAACUGUGCUUAAUUAUUAUGGAGAUUAUAUUUAAAGAGUAUAUAUAAUAUAUAUUUUUGAUCCAAAGCAUUUUUACUGUGUCGGCUUUGCAUAAGCUUGUAUAAUAUAGGUAUAUCGUGUUAUACAUUUAUAUAACAUGGUGUGAUUAAAGUAUAGUGCAGUG